CGCUAACACGAGCUGUGAAUUCGGACAGUCGUUGGCACAUGCUCCGGUAACAUAUCUCAAUUUUACCUAGAUCAUUAAUACAUUAUAUCGUAAAUACUCUUUAAUUUUUACUUAUAACUAAUCGCCGAUUCGUAUUAACUGUUUUCUAGCCCCUGCUGAACUUAUUCAUAUGUAAUAUAAUUUUUUUAUCAACGCAUUAUGGGUUUUGAGAAUACAUCCAAUUUUGGGGUUAGAAAAUCCAAAACGCGAAAGCGUACGAAAAUUCGAAACGAAAUAUUAGAAGAUAACAAAUCUCAAGCAAAUUCUGAUACAAAUAUAGCCAAGAGUAGCGAUGAUGAAACAGGAGAAUCUAAUGAAGCUAUUCUGGAGAGAGCACAACAAAGGCCACGUAAAUGCAAAAUUUCUAAAAAUGGUCUUAAUCACAAAGCAACCAAGAGAACGAUAGAAGAACUUGGAGGUACUGACAUAUUGCAAAAGAAUUCAAGCGAUAUUGAAUUACCGACCGAAGACAAAAUGUCUAAACGUCAAAAACGUGGAAGUACUGCACUCAUUGAGAGUAAUAAAAGUAUAGAAGAUUUGAAUACUAAUGUUUCGGAAGAAAGUGCAAAGAAUACAAAAACACCUUCAAAACGAAGAAUAAAAAGGGAAAAGGCUGAACAAAGAGAAGCAGAAAAGCGACAAGCUACUAAAGUAGAAGCAACUCAAAGAGCACUCACUUACGUUAAGAAGUGGAAAUAUUCAAGAAGCGAAUGGAAAUUUGAAAAAAUAAGGCAGAUAUGGUUAAUGGACAAUUUACUUGACGAUGCUCUUAUCCCCGAUGAAGUAUUUCCAACAGUGUUAGAAUAUUUUGAAGGUUGCAAAGGUAUGGCCAGAGAGCAACUUUUGAAAAAAGGUAUGGAUGUUGUACGAAUUGCGGAAGAAAAUAUAAAAAAGAAAACUGAGACUAUAGAAUCUGUACCAUAUAAGAGAGCUAGAUUACUAUUGCAAGCAUUACCAACUGAAACAUAAUGAAUAUUAGCGAGUAUUCAGUUAUAAGAAUUUUAAUUAUUUAUAUAUAAUUAAAGAUUUUCAUAAGAUCAGAAUAAUUACUUACAUUAGAAUAUAAUUGAAUAAUAAUUAUGGUAAAUAUAUAUUUUAAAGUGGCAAAUGAAUUAUGUAAAAUAUAGGUUUAAAUAACUAGUGAGAUCAAGAGCAUUAGUAUUUUAAAUUUUAAUUUAUAAUAAUUAUUAUUGAUGAUUGUUUAUAUAUUAAAAUUUAUAACUCUCUAAAUGUUCCUGUUAUAUCUAUAUCCUUGAACGUAUACAAAAAUAUCAAAUUGUACGUAAUAUCAUAUUAAUAAAUUUUAAAUAUAUUCCAUUCUACAAUAGCGCGUAGAUGAAUUUAAGUAAGCCACGAUU